GGUUUAGGGUUUUAGAAUGGUUAGCCCUGACCACUACUCUCCCUCCUCGUCCGCUUUAUCUCUCUUUAACAUUCAGGUUACGUUCCAUACAACCCACUAACUUAUUAUUAUGUUUCUAUUACUUCAAUUUCUCGUUUUAAUUUCUGCGGUUCAUUUGCGCUGAUAAGUUUUUGUUUUUUUUUAUUAUUAUUAUUUUAUAUUUAUAUAUAUAUAUCGAAUUGUGAAGUAUUAACUGCGUUGGAGCACACUAUAAGGAGAAAUAUUUACUGGGUUUUUGGUAGUUUGAUGUGGGUAAGGUAUUAAAUGGCAAGAGGCCAAGGAACAACUCUGAUUCGUAUAUGUAUAUCGAAAAACAAUGUUUCUAGGAUAAGGUUUUUGUCGUCGAAUCGAUAUUUUCAUUCUGGUAGGCAAUUUGAGAAGUCGGUAUGGGAGAAAGACAAUUCUAGUCUCACAUUUGAUGUGCCCAAACGUGAAUUCUCAACGACCUUGAUAGACCUAGUUGGUGUGCAUUUGGCUUCAAAGGGCACUAAUUUUACGGAGUUUAAUCAUGUUAAUACAAGACUGUUUUCUUCAUCUCGUAAAAAAGUUAAUUUUGUUGAUGACGGUAGUGCUUCUUUAUCAGAAAUGGAGUUGGAGGAAAAUGAUAGUUUGAGUUCGGAAGAAAGUGUGGAUGAUGAUGGAAUUGGAGAUAAUUUUGAUGGUUAUAAUAAGAAUGAUAUUUUUGAUUCAAAUAUGAUUGAAUCGGAAGGUAAUAAUGAUGGCGUGAAUAGCAGUGACUCUAGCAGGUUUCUGCGGGUAUCAACCCGUGAUCCUGUGGAGUUGUAUAGGGAGCUAAGUAAUGCUGAAAAGGGUGCCAAGCAAAAACGGUCUGAUUGGGAGGUCCUACUGGAAGUUUUCCGAUUCUUUUCUAUUUCAGGGUGGGCAGUCAACCAGGCUCUUGCAAUUUACAUUGGCAGGUCAUUUUUCCCUACUGCUGUUAGCAAGUUCCGCAGCUUUUUCUUCAAGAAAUGUCCUGAUGAAGUUGCCAAGUAUUUGGUGUGGCUUGGUCCAUCUGAUGAGGCUGUUAAGUUUCUUUUCCCUAUAUUUGUUGAGUUCUGCUUGGAAGAGCUUCCUGAUGAGGUUAAGCGGUUCAAAAGUAUGGUGGACUCAGCUGAUCUCACAAAGCCACACACUUGGUUUCCUUUUGCGCGGGCUAUGAAACGUAAGAUUAUAUAUCACGUUGGUCCAACAAACAGUGGUAAGACAUACAACGCUUUGCAGCGAUUUAUGGAAGCAAAGAAGGGUAUUUAUUGCAGUCCUUUGAGGCUCUUGGCUAUGGAAGUUUUUGACAAAGUGAAUGCCAAUGGUGUUUAUUGUAGUCUUCUUACAGGUCAAGAAAAGAAACGUGUUCCAUUUUCUAACCAUAUUGCUUGCACGGUGGAAAUGGUGUCAGCAGAUGAACUGUAUGAUGUCGCUGUCAUUGAUGAAAUCCAGAUGAUGGGAGAUCCAUAUAGAGGUUUUGCAUGGACAAGAGCAUUGCUUGGAGUAAUGGCAGAUGAAAUACAUUUGUGUGGAGAUCCAAGUGUUCUGGAUAUUGUUCGGAAGAUAUGUUCAGAAACUGGAGAUGAGUUGCAUGAGCAACACUAUGAGAGGUUCAAACCAUUAGUUGUCGAGGCCAAGAGCCUGUUAGGAGAUCUUCGAAAUGUACGAUCUGGGGACUGUGUUGUUGCAUUUUCAAGGAGAGAGAUAUUUGAGGUGAAAUUGGCCAUUGAGAAACAGACCAACCACCGUUGUUGUGUUAUCUAUGGUGCUUUGCCACCAGAGACUCGUAGACAGCAAGCUAACUUGUUCAAUGAUCAAGGUAGCGAAUUUGAUGUGCUGGUUGCAAGUGAUGCUGUGGGAAUGGGUUUGAAUCUCAAUAUCAGAAGAGUUGUUUUUUAUAAUCUUUCAAAGUACAAUGGUGACAAGAUUGUUCCAGUUCCUGCAUCACAGGUUAAGCAGAUUGCAGGGAGAGCUGGUAGGAGGGGAAGCAUAUACCCAGAUGGACUCACAACAACAUUGCAUUUAGAUGAUCUGGAUUACUUGAUUGAGUGUUUGAAGCAUCCUUUUGAACCGGUUAAGAAAGUGGGUCUCUUUCCUUUCUUUGAGCAAGUUGAGCUAUUUGCUGGGCAAUUCUCGGAUGUUACUUUAGCCCAGCUGCUUGAAAAGUUUCGUGAAAACUGCCGUCUGGAUGGAUCCUACUUCCUAUGUAAACAUGAACAUAUAAAGAAGGUAGCUAAUUUGUUGGAAAGGGUGCAGGGGUUAUCUUUGGAAGAUCGUUUCAACUUUUCUUUUGCUCCUGUUAAUAUUAGAGACCCAAAAGCAAUGUACCAUCUACUGAGGUUUGCUUCAUCUUAUAGUGAAAAUAUUGCUGUUAGUAUUGCAAUGGGCAUGCCAAAGGGUUCUGCUAAAAGUGAUGCCGAACUCUUAGAUCUUGAGACUAAGCAUCAGGUGUUGUCUAUGUAUCUUUGGUUGUCCAACCAAUUCAAGGGGGACUUUUUCCCGCAUGUGAAAAAGGCUGAGGAAAUGGCAGGGAGCAUUGCUGAUUUAUUGGGUCAGUCUCUUGCUGACGCUUCUUGGAAACCAGAAUCAAGGCCGGCAGCGAAAUCAAAGCCUCAGGAGAAAAAAGAUGGUUAUGAGAGACCAAGGUCACUCAUCAAGUCAUAUGAGAAGAGAAGGCAAGAAAAAAACCCACUGCCGGGGCAGUCAAAGAGGGUGGCAACAUGAAGAUUUUUCAGUUGUUUUAAGUGUAGUUUGAUGGUUUGUAUUCCAAACUUGGGGUCAAAAUUUGAAUUUGUACCAGACAGUCUCAAAUGCACAGAAAAGAAGCUGGAAUUUCUGUCAAAUUUAUGCGUGGAACUGUAGAACUACUUGUGUUUCCAUGGUAACCGGGUGCAUGCAACUACUAAAGACUUGGAGUGUAAAUCAUCAUCCUGGUUUCUUGACGCUGACAUCUGGGAAUUAUCAACCAUUUCGGAUAUGUAGCAAAAAAACUAGCAUUUUUGAGUGAAGCUACUUGUAUAGAGAAAUUUGUAAUACAAUGUUCCCUUUUCCAACUGAUAGAUCUAUUUGCGGAAGAAACAGGUCAGAGUGAUGAUGCUUGUUGGGCAGAGUGUUGUUGUAUUUAUAGGCUUUAAUAUAUUUAGUUUGGGAAGGAAUAGGAGAUUUUCAGUAUUUAUCAUACAUUUUUCUCAUUCCAUCAUAAUUCAGAUGUUCGUUACUCUUUGUAGAUUAUUUACUUCAAA